AUGGAGGGGAAAACGAAAUCAGCUAUGGAGGCGUUCGAGAAGCUAGAGAAAGUGGGCGAGGGCAUCUACGGGAAAGUGAACAGAGUGACAGAAAAAGUGAUUAGUAAAAUCGUGGUUCUGAAAAAUACGCAACUGCACGGGGAUGAAAAACCGGUUCUUUGGAAUGACGACCGCGGGGAUGGCUCGGUAGACGAUCUCGUUGAGGGAGUAGGACUCGGUGGAGAAUGGGUCGGCGUUGAAGGGGACGUAUUUGACGGAGAAGCCGUGGGACGAGGCGUGGCGGCGGGCCUCGUCGCGGAUGUUCUCACCUGCGGGGCGGCGACGGUGGACCUUGGAGGAUUUUGUGUGAGAAAAGAGAGAAAGGACAGUUUGUGA